AUGGAAUCUUUUGGUAACAUUGAUACAAAUAUAAAACAGCUUCACUCUAAACUUGAUAGUCUUCAUCAGGCAGCCAGUCAUCAAGACAAUACAAGCAAUAUUUUGGAGGUGGAAGCUGAAAUUCACAAAUGGGAAGAAGUAAAGAAAGAAUUCUGGCAACAAAAGAAUAAGGAUAAUUUCUUCAGAGAAGUAGACAACAACACAAAGUUACAUCAUGCAACUGCAAACAGAAGAAGAUCAAGAAAUAGGAUAGAUGCACUGUUGGACAAGAAUGGAGCUUGGUGUUCGGAUAAAAAUUCUUUAUCAUCUCUGUUUACAGAGCAUUUUCAGGAAAUUAGCACUUCUUCAAAUCCAGAGUUGAAUGAGGACUUUCUUAAGCAUGUUAAACAUGUUAUCAAUUCCCAGGAUAGUGACAGACUAACAACGAUUCCAUCUGAGACAGAAAUUAUUGAUACACUUAAAAGUAUGGAUCCAUGGAAAGCCCCUGGACCGGAUGGCUUUCCUCCGGGUUUCUACUUAAUAUAG